UACAUGCUCCAGUUCCAACACACCUCGAUGGUUAAUCGUCUUCAAACACGAGGAGGAACCAUCCCCAGAUUUGCAUUCAAUCUAUGCCCAUUUGAUCAACUUCCAUCAAAAAACAUCCGCUCAAAACCCCUCAUAGAUUUAAUUGGAGUCAUCAGUGAUGUUGGUCCAUAUGACUUUGCUAGCCCUACAUCAAAUAAAAAACUGCGAAAAAUCCAAAUUUGUGACCUAGAGGAACAAACGCAACAAUUGCUCCUCUGGUCUGAACAUGGUGAAUCAUUUGAUGGGGACAACAUCAUUCAACAAUCCAAAAAUGGAAUUGUGGUGGCAAUAUUUGCAGGCUUAACUGUAGGAAACUUUUCAGGACAAAUAGAGGCAUCAUCCAGUUCUGCAACUCAAGUAUUCAUUGACUCGGACCUUCAGGAAAUCGUCAAAUUUCGUGAAAGCUACCAAUGGGAACCUCCAGCUUUACAACGACAUUUACCUCAAAUUCUACAAAAAUCACCAAUUGAAGCAGCUGGUCAAAUAUACAAGAUUGAGCAGCUAACUGCACUGCAGCCUUCCUCUUUCCAGCAAUGA